UCUCCUUAAUCAGAGGCUUCUUCUCCAUACGCCUUACAAGCCAAAGGAGACUCCUUCCGAAAAUGCUGAGAUAGAGAUAGAGAGAAUAGGAGGAAGAGAAGUUUCUGGCUUAUUCUUCUCAUUGGAGGUUUGGAGCAGGAGUUCCUUCAUAGUUGACUCUUUUGCGCAUUUUCAUUUCUAGUUUCGUUGUUUUUGGUGCCGUGUCUCUUCUGCUUGUCCGUGUGCUCUCUGCCGUCUUCUGAUCACGGCCUUUCACGUUCCUGGGCGCAGCAGAUUUGUUAUGAAGUUCGCUUGUGAUUGUUUCGUCUCUCCUCCUUUGUUUGUUAUUUCACCACUUCCACGGAACUCUCUUGAUCGCUUCCAGAAAUUUUGGGUUUUGUCGGUGAUAGUUCCUGCUUUAGGCAGCACUUGAUAAUGUGGACGAGGACAGCUGAAAACGGCCGAUUUUUCUUCCCUUUGACGAGUUUACAGAUUGGGGAUCUACAAUCUUAUCUUUCACAUCUUAGUAUUUUUCUGGCCACCGAAUCUAACAAGUUCUUUAUAUUGGUGGACAAUCGACCAUGGUCAAUGUACCUGGAUUCAGGGGCUGCACACUUGUGGCAAUUCAUGGUUACAAAGUCUAGAUUGUCCCCAUUUGCAAACACUAAAGCACAAAAAGGGAGAAAGAAUCUUGGGAAGAGAUUUGAUUUCAAGAAUAGUUCCAUAUCCAACACUAGCAAACCAAAUGAAUCAAAGAGAUGGUCCACCUUGGUUGAUGCAGCAGUGUUAUGUCAGAAGAAAGUUUUGCUACCUGAAAACCUUGGGAAUUCUUUACUUUGGAACCAUCAGUUAAAUCAGACCUUAUAUGGCUUUAUUGUAUUUGAAGUUGCAUGGACUAGUGUCCGUGGUAUCAACUAUCUGAAUGAGCUUCAGACAGAUACAUGCAUGGCAUUAGAGGCUAAAUUGAUGAAAAGAUGGGAAUUUGAUAGUAUAGAACACGCCUCAAGUUCUAUCCAUUCAUGGUUCUCAGGAACACUUUAUGAAAGGGUUCUCUUGCGGAAGCACCUAUAUUCCAUUACAGGAGAGGUCUUCUUUGAUGCUCAAGAAGAUUUGUCAUGGACUCGACCUUCUAGUGAUGGUGAAAGCAUCUGUUCUGAUGUUGGUGGUCUUCUAGAAAAAUCUCCUUGUAGCAUUGGUAGAAAUUUUGGUGUGCGCUUUGCAAAUGUGGAAAAUAGAACAAGUGCUCUACACAGACUGCCUCCUGCUACCAUGCCAUGCAAAAGGAGGAAUAUGACAAAAUAUGUUAGUUCUGGAUAUGAAGGUAAUAGAUUUUCCAAGAAGACUCAUGGUGAAAUUGUUGAUUCACCUAUACAGUCAGAGACUUCAACUUCUACUAGUAGCAAUGACAGUGAAAACACAGUUGAAGCUUCAGAGUACCGGGAUGUUUUGAUUUUGUUUAGGUUCAAUGACCAUGACCUGCCCUUUAAAUUGAGGGAAAUAAUCAUGCCAGAUGUGCGGUUACUAACUUUAUUAGAGUAUGGGCUUCCAGCUUGGGUUAUUUUUCUUCAGUCAUAUCCAGUAAUUUGUCACCUCUAUCGGCCAUGGAUGUGUCCCCUUGCAAGAGCUUUAUAUGUUCUGAUUUCAGUUGUUACUGUUCUUGUUGGAUUUUUUGACUUAUACAAAAAUGUCCCAAUACUGAAAGCCACUGCAGCACACUUGUGUGGACCCCUUUUUGACUGGAUAGAAAAUUGGGAGAUGAUAUCAAGGAUCAAAUACUUGGGCACCAUUCUAUUUUUGCAUAAUUUUGAGAAAGCUGUUAGGUGGUUCUUAAUGGUAACACGUUUUGUCAGAUCAUUUCUUUCAAUUCUAAUGUGGCCCAUACAGCCGCUUCUGGAGCUUUUGGAUUUCUGUUUUCCCCUUUGGGACAUAUGUUUUGACUCAAUUGGGACCUUCUGUUCUGUUAUUUGGAUUACAAUUGGUUCUUCAUGCAGCAUAGUGGUGGACCUUUUAGAGGUUCUAUUUUCACCAUUGUGGUUUAUAAUUUCUGUUAUCUGGAGCAUUGGAUCCUUAAUAUACCCGAUGUUUUUGACUCUUGGGGAAUUACUAUACACUCCCAUCCGCCUGGUUGCUGCAUUAGCAAGUUGUAUAACUUUUCUUUACUCCUCUAUAUUUGAUUUUCUGGGAAAGCUUUGGUUGUCCAUAAGUAUUAUCUUCCGGAUUGCUUCAUCUUCUGAAGCAGCAGUGAGCACCUCUGAGGUUUCAAUGUGGCGUACACUGUGGAAUGACCUUUUUUCUCAGAUUUUCCGUGCCAUACGUAGCAUCAUAAAUGGUCUUGCUGCCUUCUUCAUAGCCUGCAACAGGCACCGACUAAGCACCUAUAAUCAUAUCCAAGAGUUUCUACAACAAAUAUCUCAUCUGGCCUUCCGGUCACAGCCCCAAGGCUCUAGUCAUUGCAAGCAGAAACAUGGAGCUCCAACUCCUAUGGAAACAAGGGGGAACGUCUGUUCCAAGCACCCCCAGCAUGCGAAUGAGAAGGCACACACAAGACACUAUUGGAGGAUCAAAGGCGUGAGAGGUUCAUGCUUUUGGAAAUUUGUAAACAAAUUCAAAGAAGGAAAGAAAAAAAUGGGAGAAACGUUUGGGAGAGAGAUUCUGAUCUGGAUUCCUACUCUUUCUUGAAACCAAAACUCUUGGAGAUCAAUUAUCUUAUUAAACAGUUACAGAGAACCAAAGAAAUAAGAUGACGGAAUAAACCGGGGCGAGAGAGAGAGAGAGGCCAAGCAGGUCAGAGAAUCCUUUCGUUCAUCAGUUUUCCAUUUGAUCGCAAAAUCUAAUUUAAAGAGAUGUGGCAAAUUAUGAAUGGUGGACCGAAAAUGUGUUUUCCGGUGCAACCGGAUUGAAUUUUUAUUGAAAGUUGAAACUGUAAAUUUAUACUUACCAGAUGACGAGCAUUUGUGUUUGCGUCUGUGUGAUAUAGGGGUUAGUGAUUAAAUGGCCAGAA